AUGAAGGUUUUCUUUGCCGCCGCUAUCAUCGCCGCCGUUGCGGCCACCGCUUCGGCCGACUCGAUGGGCAACAUGCAGACCGACCUGAUCAAACCGCCCACGGCAACUUACGCCGCUGGCACGGAGGGUCUUGGCUCUUCGGACACUACGACCGGUAGCAGCACGCAGACCACCACUUCGUCCGGCGACAGCCCCAUCCAGUCGAACGGAUGGAGCGUUCCCUCGACCGGUGGAUCUAGCGAGACUUCCACGGGCGGCUCGGCCACGACGGGUGGAUCGACCGAGACUGGUGCUUCCAGCGAGACUUCUGCUGGUGGAUCGACUGAGACUGGCGCCUCUAGCGAGACUUCGACGGGCGGCUCCGCUGAGACUGGUGCUUCCAGCGAAACCUCCACGGGUGGCUCGACCGAGACGGGUGCCUCCAGCGAGACUUCUACUGGUGGAUCAACUGAGACUGGCACCUCUAGCGAGACUUCGACGGGCGGCUCGACCGAGACGGGUGCCUCCAGCGAGACUUCCACGGGUGGUUCGGACAUGACGGGUGGUUCGACCGAGACGGGUGCUUCCAGCGAGACGUCCACCGGCGGAUCGACAGAGACUGGCGCUUCUAGCGAGACCUCGACUGGUGGAUCGACCGAGACUGGCGCCUCGAGCGAGACUUCCUCCACGGGAUCCUCCACCGGUAGCACGCCCUCGACCUCCUCGACGGGCUCCAACAGCUGGAGCACGCCGUCGACCUCGUCGACUGGAUCCAACAGCUGGAGCACGCCCAGCAGCACGCCUUCGCCCGCUUCAAAGCCGUCCAGCUGCCGCCGUCGUCUCCGUGCUUAA